AUGCCAAAGAUAGGCCCUGGCUUUUGGAAAAUUUUAUUAGGUAUUGGUGUUGGUCUAGCAUUUAUUGCUUUUAUUCUUGGAUGGAUUGGCUUUGGUGUACCUGAUUGGCAUGCAUUUCAACAUUAUAAUGGUUCUACAGAAGAAUUCUAUGGUCUUUGGGCAUAUUGCCAACAACCAGCUCCACUUUAUAAUACUGUUUGUAGACACUGGUCAGAUGCUUCCCAUCAAUUAUUUAAUGGUACUGAACCAAGUUUUCUUAGUAUAUCAGACGGUCUAAUCACUAUUGGCAUGAUAAUGCUUUCUUUGGGUCUUAUCGUUGCCGUAGUUACAGCUAUUCUUCCUUUAUUAGCCUAUGCAGCUGGUGCUUUAAUGCUUCUCGGUUUUAUUUUUCUUAUUAUUGGUUUACCCAUAUUUGGUCAAGAAUCAAACAGUCUUUCUAAACUAAGAGGUGACGCAAAAUACAAUAAACGUUAUGGAUUUUGGCUCAUAGUUCCGACUAUUAUAUUGGCAUUUUUAGCUGCAAUCUUAUUCAUAGUUACUGGCUAUUAUUAUCAACGAUAUGGUUUCGGUAAUUUAGCAACGCAUAGUUAUAGUCGACGUCUCUAUGGCGGUCAGCGACUUCUUGGACCAGCUAAUUUACUCAAUGGAAUGCCGUAUGCAGCAUAUCCUAGAAUGAUGCCAAAUCCGUAUCAAUAUCAAGCUGCUUUACAAGGACCAUCUUUACUUUCUCAAUAUAUAGCUCGACGUAUGCCUCAAUAUUAUGGUCCGAGUGUAAUACGACGUGUAACUGUCACAGCCUUUCCACAGCCGUCUGUGAUUCGAGCUACUGGCCAGCCACCCUAUGUAGCACCAGCCUACUAUAGACUUCCAGGAGCACAAUCAGGAUAUGCACCAAGAGUGAAUCUUACUGGAAGGGCACGCGCUGGUUCACCUAUACGUGUAGCAUAA